CGCCGAGGCACCCAGCUGCUCAGUGCUCGGGCGGGUAACGGAACAGAGCAGAGCAGGUCGGGCGGCUGGCUCCCGGGGCCGGGCAUGGAGGGCGGCGUCGAGCGCGGCGUGCAGAUGCUGCUGACCACGGUAGGGGCGUUCGGUGCCUUCAGUUUGAUGACCAUCGCCGUGGGCACCGACUACUGGCUGUACUCGCGGGGCGUGUGCCGGAGUAAGGGCGGCGGGGGCAACGACACGGUUUACAAGAACGAGGAGGUGAUGACCCACUCGGGGCUAUGGAGAACCUGCUGUCUGGAAGGUACCUUCAGAGGAGUCUGCAAAAUAAUUGAUCAUUUCCCUGAGGAUGCAGACUAUCAACAAGACACAGCGGAAUAUUUAUUGCGAAUCAUCCGAGCUUCCAGCCUCUUCCCGAUACUCAGUGUGGGACUACUCUUCCUGGGAGGGAUCUGUGUAGCAGCUGGUGAAUUCUACAAAAGCAAACACAGCAUUGUCCUCAGCUCUGGGAUUCUUUUCGUUGCUGCAGGUUUAAGUAACAUAAUAGGAAUCAUUGUGUACAUAUCGGCUAACGCAGAUCCCGGACAGAGUGAUUCCAAAAAAAACAAUUAUUCCUACGGAUGGUCGUUCUAUUUUGGGGCGCUGUCAUUCAUCAUUGCUGAGACAGUGGGCGUGUUAGCAGUGCACAUGUACAUCGAGAAGAAUAGACAGGUGAGGGUGAAGUCUCGGAGCCAAGUGGUGAAGAAGUCCGUGCUUGCCCGCAUUCCCAGCUACAGGUACCGGUUUCGGCGGAGAUCAAGCUCCCAAUCCACAGAACCUCGAUCGAGGGACCCUUCUCCAAUCGGGGGCAAAGGCUACAGCUCGCCCCCCUCAACUGAGAUAUCAAUGUACACGAUGGCCAGAGACUCUUCGAAAGCAAUUGUGGCAACAAACUUGACUUCCGAAAGGAAUGCUAAAUUCCUGCAGGUUCGCAACUGUAUUUCCAAGGACUGGAAGGGGAGUGCUCAGUCCAACGCUGCCAAUAGGCGCACUACCCCCGUCUGACUGUGCAGCCCCGGACCAUUCCCUGCCAACCUAGUGUCAUGAAAAUGUUUCUAUUGAAAACGCCCUGGAAAAGGUUCCAGCAAACUCCCAGCGGAUAGCACCACCCUUCUCAACUUCUGCAUGUCCCUUUAUGAACGCACCGGUUUACUGACAGACCUCCCUUACAGAGCAGCGUCUAGUUUUUAUCAAACGGAUUGAUAUGUUCCUAUCACUUUAAUGCUUAAUUAUCAUUAACAUUUUGAAAAAUAUGAGCACAGUUGCAAAUCGAAUAGUUUAGGAGCACUGAAUUAGAUUAUGAACCUCGAUGAUUUAUGUAAAACAAUCAAGAGGAAUAAAAACAUAGGUCGUU